UUUCUCGGAGCUACUAACUACUUAUGUAGCUCAUUCUCUCCUACUGACAACUAAAAAAUUCUCUAAUUUCGUAAUUUAUCUUUCAUGUGUCUGGAGCAUUUCGAAUAAUUCCAAUUCGUAUUAUUUUUUUAAUUGAUAUAAAAAUGUUUUUCGCUAAUUUACUGCAGCGUAGAAUCAUCCAAGGAUACGGAUCUCUAGUCCCUAAGAGGCCUUUUGCAAGUGACUACAAGCCUGAUAUUUUCUUUUUUGGUGGCGGACUCUGGAAAUUGCAGGGCGGCAUGAAGGAAGUGGAAUAUUUUAAAUCUGUCAAUCAGAGUCUUAUGUCUAAGCUACACGAGCAUUUGGAUAAAUGCAAAAGUGCCGCCUAUCUUCAGAAUUGGGAUGAGUUUAAGAAGACUUUGGAUCAUCAGGCUCUUUAUAAUACCUCGUGUAUGAAUAAGCACAAGAAUGUGCUGGAAGAGUCUUACUUUAUGACUGAGAAUGCCGAUUGCAUUAAAGCUAUGCAGGAUCGUGCCAAAAAGGAGCGUUCAUCAGUAAGCGCUAAGAGCACUGAGAACGGAGAAGAACCUACAAGUGGCUCUGCUUCUUAGAAAUGUUGUUUCGUUGUCGUUAAUUUCAGAAAGAUAAAAAUAAAAUUGUUAGUUCAAACAAAAUAAA